AUGGAUGAAGUCCUAAUUGAUCGAUUUGGCAAUGAUUACAGGAACUAUUACCAUCUGGUUAGCCAAGGCGUUGUUUUGGAACGCAGUCCACAUACAGAUUUUAUUUUUGCAAACGCUUGUCGGGCAAAAAAUUACAUCGGACAUGAAUAUUUCAUGUACUAUUACAUUGAGCGUAAAAAUAUGAUACCAAAUUGCCGUUUCUGGCCUCAUCUGGUGAUUUAUUUGGAUGUCCCGGUCGAUAAAUGCCUGGAGAAUAUUCGUCAGGAAGGCAAUGCAGAUAAAAUCGCAGUGGUGGAUCGAAAGUAUUUACAAGUGAUCGAAGAUUCGUACAAAGAUGCGCUGAAGGAAUUUAAGAAACAUUCUGAAAUUCUAAUUUACGAUUGGACACAACCCGGGAACGUUGAUAAUAUUAUUGAAGAUAUCGAAGAUUUGGAUUUGGAUUUUUAUGAGCAUCAUAAAAGUGAUGUUUUCGCAACCUGGGAAAUUUCGAACAGCGAAGUGGAAUAUACGAUUGCACGCAACUUUGUAACAGAUAAACGAGAAGCACAUGCAUUUGCUUUUCUGGAUCUUCCACAACAUGAAUGUGGUGAGCUGUACCAGAGUCCUCGUGAACUUGGUCGCUAUAUUCAAUGUAUUCACAAUGAGAUCCUAAAAACACGUUUUGUAUAUUCAGCUGUAAGAAAUACUGGCGAUAAAUUUGGAUGGUUCAGUAAGGUGAUCAGUUUUACAAAAGGAGAACCAUGGUUCGUUUGUUGA